CUUAGACUCAGGAGCUGCACUAACCACCCAAAAGCUGGGAUUUUAUGAGCUGUGAGACAGCAGGAAAAACAGAACAUUAUCAAUGAUGGCAGAUCAUGGAAACCCUUGCAGUGCAGAGGAUGCCACCUACUGCAUGAAUGGAGGGACAUGCUAUAAAAUAUCUUCCAUGGACACACUUUCUUGUGUGUGCAACCCAAACUACAAAGGCAGCAGAUGUGAACAGUUCCAGCUCGGAGUCACACAGCCCAUUUCAAAUGAGGCUGGUUUAAUUGCAGCUGUGAUCGUCAUUACUCUCCUUAUCUUGAUGGUGCUGGGACUUAUUGUCUACUACAUACGCAAGAUGCUAAAAGCGAAGGAACAGAGACAACAGAACCACAACCAAGAAUACUGGAAGGUACAAUCAAGAGCAUGAUCCUUCCUUCUGAUUUGAUUUGGUGGUGCAUUUGAUGGUUUCAGGAACGAAUUGUGAGAAGUGUCAUUUAUCUUGUCAUGCUAUCUGAAGUUUUGAAAAUGAUUUUGAAAAAAGUCAAAAAAAAGAAAAAAAUGAGAGAGAGAGAGAGAGAGAGAGAGAGAGAGAGUGAAAAACUGCUGCAUUGACCUUAAAGGGCAUAUUGACGAGUAUCACACCACCAUCGCUCUGAUGUUAAAUCACAUUUCACCUUGUCAAAAUAUAUUAAAGUGCAGUUUAAGUGUGACUUUUUAAAAUUUGUGGCAAUUGUGGGAUUAUAAACUAAGUUGCUGUAUGUGAUUAGAAAAUAUUUUGCAUUUGUAAAUAUAUUCCAUCAUUUUUUUAAAUGA